AUGGGCUCGAACGCGGCAGACUCGCUAAGCCCGAUAGUAUCACCCUCCAUACCCCCAUCCGACCUCCCUCGCUUUCUGGAGAGGCCAAAAACUCUCCCCUCUCCGCGCUCCCGUUGCGCGCCGAUUGAAUUCCCCGGCGGGCCCCACCCGCAACGCCGUGCGCGGACCUUGGAUUCCGCGCCCGCGCAAAGCCCCAGACAUAGCCGACUCUCCCCCAGAUCCCCGCAACUCGCGGUACGAUGGGCGGAACCUAUUAGCGGAAGGGAGAGCGACCGCGUGCUUUCCCCCUCAAAUCUCUCCUCCGACGGCUCCUCCUCCCCGCUACUUUCCCCCGAUGGCUCCGCCGCCUCCGCGCUUCUUUCCCCCCGCGGCGGAAGCUCUGCUUCCGCCGCUUGGCGGCCCGCCGCGCUCACCCCCGUGCGCAGCCCGCACGCGACGGCGAUUCGCCAUAGAGCUACCUCGUCAAUAGACAUGGAGGAACUUUGGGCGGACUUCAGUCUCGAAGAAGGCGCCGCGCAAGACGCGGACAGCGCAUUUGGCGGAGCUGCGCGAGGGGGCGGGGCUGGCGGAAAUGGCGCGGAAGGGCGGGGGCGGCGGAGAGGGCACGCGCGGAACAUCUCGUUCUCCGACUUCCGGUCGUUCCUAAAAGACAAACCGCGCGACGGUGACCCGAAACCCGGCGAAGUUGACGUUAGUAAUCUCUCGAAAGGGCAGCAACAGAGGGACGCGACGGCAACGGCGACGGCGGCGGCGGCGGCGCCAGCAACGAGACGGCGCCCGACGCUUUCGCGUCUUUUCUCCAGCCGACGAGAUCCUACGUUUGCAUCUCCCGCCGCGUUAGACGGCGCGUCUAGCGGCGUCGCGCCGUCCAUCGUCCCAGUCUCCCUCUCCUCCAUGUCUUUCCGAGGGCUAAAUGACACGCCAGCCAGCGAUGACGUGGAAUUGUACGGCGGCGUCGUGCGAUGCUCGUCUGUCGAGACGAAACACGCGCCGCUCUCUGCGCGGCUUGCGGCGAAUGACUCUUCCGCCGUGCCGAAAUCCCCUCGGGCCGCGGCGCGCAGCGCAAGCUUUAGACGGAAUCCAGGCGCGGCGGCGGGAACCUCAGGAAAGAGUAUGAGCGGGAAAGAACCAAUGAUGGUCGUUCCUUUCACGCGACGCGUCAAGGGCGGCGCGGGCGCGUCGCAGCAGCAAUCUCAGGAGUCGUCGCAGCAGUCGCCGCCGCCGUCGUCGCAGAAGGGCGAACACUGGGGAGCGGAAUCAGGGGAAGAGGGGGAGGAGUCGGACGACGAGGGCGGAGGCGAGGGGGGAAGCGCGGCGCACGCAGGUCCGCGCAUCGUCUUCCGCGUCGUACAGAGCCCGCGGGGGCGGGGCGCUGGUCGGGCGGGAGUGGCGCGCGGAACGGGACGCGGGGGGGAAGUUACGGGGGAAGCGAUGGAAGCGAGGGAAGCACGGGCAGCGCGGGCAGCGCGGAAAGCACGGACAGAGCGGGCAGGGGAUCCUGCGCUUGAGCGCGCGGGGAAGGGCGGCGCGACGUCUGGUCCGCGCGGCGGCCUCCGCCAAGCUAGCCCGCGGGGCACUGCGGCUAGUAGCCUUGCGGGGUGGCGGGGACUCGCCAGGCAGGGGGACGGAGCGGAACCGAUUGGGGAAGCCGCGGGAGCAGCGGGUUUACCGGGGGGAUUGGGGGAACUGUGGGUGGGGACUGAGGAGAUUGGGUGGACUGGGGGGAGUGACACGGAUAUAGUAGGCUCUUUUCGCGAUAUAGCGUACUCGGGGAGCGGGGAGAGCAUGCGCGACGGGAUCGCGCAUCUGACGGCCGCGGCGGCAGCUGUGGCGCUGCCGUCGCCGCGUGGCGGAUGCGGAAGGGAGGGCGGCGCGGCAGGGCUUGGGGACGGGGCGGGGGACGCGGAGCGGGGAGGAUGGGCUGGAGCGGGGGCGGGGAAGGGGAAAGGGAAGGGGGAGAGCGCGGAGUCGUCUCGGCGCAUGGCGAGUCUGAGUCACGGCAUUGGGGAAAUAGAGACGAGCGCGCGGGGGGUUGGGGGAGUAAGCGCGGGGAAGGAGGAGAUGGCUUGGCGCAUGGCGAGUCUGAGUCACGGUAUUGGGGAGAUAGAGACGAGCGCGCGAGGGGGAGGAGGGGAGGCGAAUGGGGGAGGCGAGGGGGGAAGGGAGGAGGGAGGAGACUACAGCACGUGGCUCGGGGAAGGGGAGGGGGAGGGGGGGAGCGGGGAGGCCUAUGGCAUGGGGGUCGUGGGGACGAGCGCGGAGGCGAAUGCAUGGCGCAUGGUUAGUCUGAGUAACGGUGUUGGGGUUAUUGGGGAGGCGGAGGGGGAAGGGGGAGCAAGAGAGGGAGGAGCAAGGGAGGGGGGGGAAGAGAAUGCAUGGCGCAUGGCUAGUUUGAGUCACGGCAUUGGGGUUAUAGAGGAGGUGGUGGAGAGGGGGAAGGAAGGAGAGGAUGGGGAGGGAAUAGAGGAAAGAGAUGACGGAAGGGGGAGAGAGGAAAGGGACGAAACGAGGCGAGGAGCGAAAAGAGAGGACGGAGAGGGGUUAGGAGUGGAAGAGGAGAGUGGAAGCCGAGAGGGGGAGGCGGGGGAAGGGAAGGAGGGCGGGGAAGGGGGGUUGAGGGUGGGGCGAGAGGGGCGAGAGGAGCGAGAGGGGCGAGAGGGGGGAGAGGGGGGAGAGGUGCUCUUGGUGAGUGACGCAAACGAGAGUGCUUUAAACGAGAGUGCUUUAAACGAGAGUGCCCCACACGAGAGCGAUGCUGCCGCGCUACCCGUUUUCGGGAAGCCUCAACCGCAGCAGGAGCUAGGGGAGGGGGGAGCGGAGGGGAAGGGGAGAGGGGGAGGCGUGCAUAGGAGCGUGAGUGAUGGGGUUCUGCAGACGGGGAAACGCAGUGAACCGAUGCAGGCGGAGCAGCAGGAGCAGCAGGAGGAGCAGGAGCAGCAGGAGCAGCAGGAGCAGCAGGAGCAGCAGGAGGAGCAGGAGCAGCAGGAGCAGCAGGAGCAGCAGGAGCAGCAGGAGGAGGAGCAUCAGGGGGAUGGGAUGGAAGCGGGACGAACGGCAAACGAGUCUCCAGCAGACACAGAACGAGUAGCAGCAGACGCGGAAGCAGGGGUUGGUGCAGUGUCACACCCGUCAGGUGCAAAAUCAGGCAGAGCAGGGACAGGGGUUGACACAGGGGAAAGCCCUUCAGGAGCAGUAUCAGAUGCAGCAGAAGCAGGGAGACCUGCCGGCAGGACCGCAGCAGAAGUGGGGGUUCCAACAGAAUCAAAGGCAUCAGGAGCAGUAUCAGACGCAGCAGAAGCAGGGAAGCCUGCUGGCAAGAGUGGGGGGCGUGGUGGCAAGAGCAGCAGAUCAGGGCGGCGCGUGCAGUUCAGUGACAUGGUGAGGGUGAGACGUGUGCUCGUUGCCUGCCCCAGCAGUGACUCUGCCGGACCUGAUGCCGAGCCUGAUGCCGAGCCUGAUGCCGAGACUGAUGGUGGGUUUGGUGCCGAGCUUGAUUCCGAGCCUGCCGCUGAUUCUUGGAGUGGCCGUGAUGGGGUUUCGGAUGGUGACCUGGGUUCUGUUGCCGAUGCUGCUGCUCCUGCUGCUGCUGCUGGUGACGGUGAUGAUGACAAUUUCCUCGCCUCGCUCACUCGCUCCUUCUCACGCUCACGACUCAGGAACCUCACUCUCGCCCCUGCUCUCUUUUUCAGCCCAUCCAAGCGGAUGGGUGUGGCGACCGGAGAAACGGAGUUACGUUCAAGCAAAGAGGCGCAUUCUAAUCAGGGUGGGGAGACUGGUGUGGGGGCACAAGAGGGUGUGAUAGGAAGGCAAGAAGCAGAGGUUGUUUGUAAGGAGUAUCGAAAGAGGCUUGGAGAGGAGGGAGUGGCAGGGGGGAAAGGGGUGGUGGUGGAGGAAGAGGGGGUGCUUGUGAGCGAAGGGUGUGAGUUGGGGGUGCGAAGAUCUCUACUUCAGAGCCUUCCUCCAGGGCCAGAAGCAGGCUUGGAAGUAGGUUCGGACGCAGGUUCGGGUAUGUCAAGGCUUGUGCCACGGUCCGUGUCUGCUAUGGAAACUGGCGAGGUGGAUGCCAAGGCGCGGCAGAGAUGGGUGAGAGUGCUGCGCUUGCCGAGGCCUAGCAAGGUGACAUAA